UAGCGGUGGCCAGCAAGAUAGGACAAGAUCGCUUUCUGACUACCGUGGGAGCUAACUGCUUAAGAGUAGAAAAUUGAUCUUUCAAAUUAUCCGAUAGGUACUUGAGGAUCAAUCUAUUGUCGAUUUUCUUUCGAGGGUUUUCUUUUGGGGGGUAAAGUUUUGGGUGUUUAAGAAAACUUAUUCGAUUAUAAUACGGAGUAAUCUAAUUAUUUAGUUUUGGCGUGGUUUUAUGCAGCUUUGAUUAUAUAGGUAUAAAGAUGAUUGAUCCUUCAACCAGUACUGCUUCUCCUCCUAGUGGCAGUACUGGAUCAUGUUCUAGCAGCGGUUCUACGAAUAUUUUACCCGUUGAUGUGCUAGCCCUCGAAGGUUGCAUUGAUGAAGUUUUGUCUUCUCUUACGGACAAGGGGCUGAGGUGUAAAUUGCUUGAAAGUGGUAUGAAACUAAGGGAUAUAGUGCAGCCUGUCGCAUCCGAUUUUUCGAAAUUAUUUGAGUCCAUUUCAGAGGGUGCAAAAAUAAUUUCGGAUCAGAAAUCCUCUUCCUCAAAGCUUUCUAGUGAAGCACAAUCGGUGGCCUUGGAUACAGUGAAACAACUGGGAAAUGUUCAUUGGGCUGCGAUUGGGCUUUUAGCAAUAGCUAAUGUUCUUGAAAGAUUCGACAAAAUUUCUACAAACGAUAGAGAUUGCUUGGACCUUCUGAAACUGAUGCUGGACCUAGCUAAAUUUCUAAAGCAGCUCAAAGACAUGAAUGCCGACUCCCACAAAGAACUUUCAGAAAAAAUGAACGAGGCGCUUCAUUUGAUUGUUAGUGGUGCAAUCUUGUAUCGUUCCUUUAUCGCGUACAAGAAAAUGUUGAAGUAAAAUGACUAAUCCAAAAUAAAUGCUUUACUUCUGUAAAGUUACGUAUUUAAACUGAGGAAAGGAAUUUGAUAUGAUGUUAAGUUAGAGUUGCAUUAGACGUUAUUAAAUUGAAUAUCUAACAUGCUGAAUUGAAUAUCUAACAUGCUGAAAUGAAGUAAAGGUUCUUCUUCACAACGAAAAUCCGUGACGAGCUUAUCUACAUACGGAGAAAGGCGGAUAGUAUAAUAAGCCAGCUGAGUCUGCAGUUGCAAGUUAAGAUUGCCUCUUUCUAUAUGUCACAGCAACAGCCAUACCGUAAUGUUGCAGGUGGACUUCCUUCUGAGCGAUCAACCACCACUGAAGAAAUUUUUCAGUGUGACAUGGAGAAUGCAGCCCAAACAGAGACAUUUGCAGCCGACACAAACGGCGUCUCUGGAGUGAACGAAAGGAAAAUAGACGAAGCAAGUCAUUGGAAAGAUAGGCCUCAAAAAACAAAGAGGCUUUUACCCACUUUUUUCAGGUUCCCUACAUGUCCUACAAAGCUUAGAGAAUGCAGAUCUCAAUAUCAGAGAAAUCAAAAGACUGUUGCAGGAGCCAUUUUUGUGUGGAAAAGAAACAAGCACGGAGACUUUAUAGAAGAAUGGGAGAAAGAGUUUUGGCCUCACAGAUUUAACUACAAAGACUUGCAUAUUGCAACCAAAGGCUUCGGAGAAGAACAAGUUCUGAGCUAUGGAGGUUCCAGUCGGGUGUAGAAAGGAGUCCUACGUUCUAACGGCCUCGAAAUUGCUGUAAAAUCUAUGUUUAGAGAAAGCAGCGAUGCCGUGAAGGAAUUCAUUGCAGAGAUUUCAAGUCUGGGACGUUUACAGCACCGGAAUAUUGUGCAAAUCAGAGGUUAUUGCAGGAGGGGAACAAAUUUAUUCAUAGUGUAUGACUACAUGGCAAAUGGAAGCUUGGACAUGAUGAUAUUUGGGAAGAGGAAAAGUGUGCUGGCAUGGGCUCAGAGGUACAAAAUUCUAAGGGACGUGGGCGCAGGAUUGCUGUAUCUUCACGAAGGGUUGGACAAAAUAAUAGUGCACAGACAUAAAAUCCAGCAACGUUUUGUUGGAUUUUAACCUUAAUGGAAAGCUGGGCGACUUCGGGCUUGCUCGUCUGUACGAACAUACAGAAAACCCACCAACAACUCGAGUGGUGGGUACGCUUGGGUACAUUGCACCGGAGCUCUUACACACCGGAAAGGCAGCUCCUAGUGUAGAUGUCUUCAGCUUUGGUAUUUUAAUGCUGGAGGUUGCCUGCGGAAGGAGGCCUGUGGAUCCCUCUCUCGAUCCUUCCCAAAUGGUAAUGUUAGAUUGGGUAAGAGAUCUGCAUGCCGAAGGAAGGCUCAUGGAUGCAGCUGAUCCAAGUCUUGCUGGUGGAUAUGUUGAAGAUGAGAUGAAGAAAGUGCUCAAAUUAGGACUGCUGUGCUGUAAUUCUCAGCCCGAGGUGAGACCUACGAUGAGAAAAGUAUUGCAGAUAAUUGAAGGGAAAGUUUCUCUUCUCACCUUAACUACAUAUGAGAUGUGCGAAGGAAGCAGUUGAUAUCCAAGUCCGACCAACUCUUCCCCGUCUCACAUGAGAUCAAAUCUAGUCUACUAAACUGCAGGGCUUAAAAAUAGGAUUUUUUAAAUAUAGAAUAUCUUCUGCGUUGACGACCGGUCGUUUCCCCGUCUGGCAUGAGAUCAACUCUAGUCUACUAGACUGCAUGUCUUUUUUAAGAGUUAUGAGUAUGUAUA